AUGAAUGAACUUCACAUGAGGAAAUCUGAAACCUCGUCUGGGUCAGAUGAUGAGAUCAAGCAAGAGGAAGUGGCUGAAACCUCGUCUGGGUCAGAUGAUGAGAUCAAGCAAGAGGAAGUGGCUGAAACCUCGUCUGGGUCAGAUGAUGAGAUCAAGCAAGAGGAAGUGGCUGAAACCUCGUCUGGGUCAGAUGAUGAGAUCAAGCAAGAGGAAGUGGCUGAAACCUCGUCUGGGUCAGAUGAUGAGAUCAAGCAAGAGGAAGUGGCUGAAACUUUUAAUGCGGAGGCCAUGGCAGUCUGUGAAGACUCCUUGGCCAACCAGGGAGGGCAAACACCACCCACCGAACAUGCUAGAGAACAAGGAAAUAUUGAUCUUGAAGGAAAUAUUGAUCUUGAAGGAAAUAUUGAUCUUGAAGGAAACAUUGUUCUUGAAGGAAACAUUGAUCUUGAAGGAAACAUUGAUCUUGAAGGAAAUAUUGAUCUUGAAGGAAAUAUUGUUCUUGAAGGAAAUAUUGAUCUUGAAGGAAAUAUUGAUCUUGAAGGAAAUAUUGUUCUUGAAGGAAACAUUGAUCUUGAAGGAAAUAUUGAUCUUGAAGGAAACAUUGUUCUUGAAGGAAAUAUUGAUCUUGAAGGAAACAUUGAUCUUGAAGGAAAUAUUGAUCUUGAAGGAAAUAUUGAUCUUGAAGGAAACAUUGUUCUUGAAGGAAAUAUUGAUCUUGAAGGAAACAUUGUUCUUGAAGGAAAUAUUAAUCUUGAAGGAAACAUUUAUCUUGAAGGAAACAUUGAUCUUGAAGGAAACAUUGAUCUUGAAGGAAACAUUGAUCUUGAAGGAAAUAUUGAUCUUGAAGGAAACAUUGAUCUUGAAGGAAACAUUGAUCUUGAAGGAAAUAUUGAUCUUGAAGGAAACAUUGAUCUUGAAGGAAACAUUGAUCUUGAAGGAAACAUUGAUCUUGAAGGAAACAUUGAUCUUGAAGGAAACAUUGAUCUUGAAGGAAACAUUGAUCUUGAAGGAAACAUUGAUCUUGAAGGAAACAUUGAUCUUGAAGGAAAUAUUGAUCUUGAACGGACUCGACGUCGUCCGAUAUUUUCGUAUUCAUUGAAGAGUUUGAAAACUAAAUGA